UUUGACAUUUUGACGUAAGCAAAUUGAUUGUGCUUUGAAAUUCAAUAAAUUUUGAUUUCUUUCUCUUUUUUCAAUAUAUUUCGAGUAUUGUGUUUAAAAAAGCAUAAAUGCACAAUUUAUGACUAUUUGUGAUGUUCUAUAAUAUUCGCAGCUCAAAGAUUGUUUGAUAUAUAAUAAAAUACAAGCACAAUGGUGAAGGCCUACGCACUAGGAGUGGCCUAUAAGGGAGUUAACAAUGCCACAAUACUUAAAGCUGCAUAUGACUUACAGAGCUUCAGUUUUUUCCAAAGGGGCUCUGUGCAGGAAUUCAUGACUUUUGUCAGCAAAACUAUGGUAGAGAGGACGCAGCCCGCUUCAAGACAGUCUGUAAAAGAAGGUGAAUACAUGUUACAAGUCUAUGUGAGAGCUGAUAAUUUGGCCGGCAUAAUGAUUACUGAUCAUGAGUACCCUAGUCGGGUAGCACACACACUGGUCACAAAGAUACUGGAUGAGUUCACAAUUAAAGUGCCGGCCGCCAACUGGCCAUCAGGAAAUGAGAAUACAAUAGACUUUCCAAGUCUGCCUCAGUACUUAGCAAAAUUCCAGAACCCGAAAGAGGCAGAUGCACUAACAAGAAUCCAGGAAGACCUUGAUGAGACAAAGAUAAUUCUUCAUGAUACCAUAAAGGCUGUCCUGGAGCGCGGGGAGAAGCUGGACGACCUAGUGGCCAAGUCCGACAGCCUGUCAAUGCACAGCAAGGCCUUCUACAAGACAGCCAAGAAAACUAACAGUUGCUGCAACUUCUGAGAGAUUUGUGCUUUACAUGAUUUGAUUACGCCAUAAUUACUAGGUAUUUUAAUGUUUAUGUGUCAAUGUAUGUACUGUGUUGACAAUAUUCAGAAGGCUUCAGCUUCAGAUUGUUUCAGCAGGUAUUCAAGAUGAUAAUUUCAUGAGAUGUGGUGUAUUUUGAAAAAGUAUUAGCAAUAUUUUGGUGUUAAUUAUAGUAGCAUAGGGAAGGCUAGAUUGCUUCACUCUAAUCUCCCUUUUUAUGGAGAUUACUAUGUGUUACUAUGAAACAUCUCUUGAAAUACACUUCUUGCAUCUUAAUACUUUUAAUUAUUUUAUGUUAGUUAAUUUUAUAUUUCUAUCCAAAAAAAUUACAUAAUUUUUUAUGUUUAACAAGUUAUUCUUUUACAAAGGCCUAAGAACUAGUGGGGUUACAAUUACAUCACAAUAAUAGCUGGAUAUUUAUUAAGGCUCCUUAUCAAAUGUAUACUGUUUGAGAAUCUUCUAUUAUUUAUGAUAUUUGUUAAAUUGAAGUUAUUCAAGAAAGACUGUAUGUUAAUUCUUAAUUACAUAUGCAUACCUUGUUGAAAAUUCAAUAUCUUUGCAGAUAUUUUCUGGACAUUCUUGUAUGAAAUACUGCUGGCACAUUCAGAUUUAAGGUUUUACAGGACUCUGACUAAUUCUGAGCAUGUUUGAUAUUAUUUUUCAAAUUCACAACAUUCGUAGCCAUAUUAUAAUCAUGUAAUUAUGCCCAUAGAUUGUUUGUAGAAAGCUUAACGUUAUAGUACCUAUUAACUGUCUGAAAACUGUAGUAACUGAUUGUGGAACACAUGUUUAAAUAAAUGGUGUAAAUAUAAAUGUUGUAAAUUCUGAAUGUUCAUAUAAUGUGAUGGAAACUUUGACUGUCGUGUCAUUUAUAGUUACGGCAAUAUUAUAUACUGCUUAGGUGUGUGUUGAUAAUACAUAAUCGAUAUUUACCGUUAAA